AUUUUCAUCUCUUGUUGAUGCUGCAUGGUUGUUGUUUUACUUAAAAAUAUUAAAAUAAAUAAAUAUUUGCUGAUAUAACCAAAAGUCCAGACGUGAUAAUGGCGGAUCCUAGUAAAGGUCGUGGCCGGGGCUUGGCCUUGCUCCAAGCCCUAAAGAAAUCACAAAUGAUAGACUCCCCACCUCCAUCUGAAGAAGUAUCACCUAUUCAGACACCUGCCGGUCCCAGCACUGCGCCUAGUGAGGUCAGUGCUCCUGCAGUUGGUGGGAGAGGUCGUAUCGCAGCCAUGAUGCUGGCAAAGAUGCAGCAAAAACCUGGGGCUCCUACAUUCAGUCCAGCAUCAGAUGUGAGUCCGUCCUCCAAUACAUCGGCUGCCAAAGGCGCUGGGCGUGGUAUUAAGCUCCUACAAACUCUGCAAGCAGCAAAAGCUGCGCAGGCAGCUGUAGGGCAAGGAGAUGAUGUUCAGCAACUGACAACAAAAAUGGCGGAGAGUAGCAUGUCUACAGUGACGGCAACAACUCAGUCAUCGUCUGUCGCCAAAAACAAAUAUUUCAGAGAAGUAAAAGAUUCAGCGCCAGUAGUCAUGAAGGGUACGUCUGGUACGCCAUGCGAAGUGACCGCCAACUUUAUCUACUUGAACUGUGAAGAGAACAACGUGUUUGAGUAUGAAGUUAGGUAUGAGCCGGAUCAAGACUAUAGAACUUUGCGGUUCAAGCUAUUGAAUGAACACAAUAAAUACUUCAAGGAAAAGACAUUUGAUGGGACCACUUUGUAUGUCCCACACCGCUUGCCUGACGAGGCCAUGAACUUGGUGUCAACAAACCCAUAUGACAGUAGCAAAGUUAGAAUAUCAAUCAUAUUCCGUCGCACGCGCCGCCUCAGCGAGAUGGUUCACAUCUACAACGUGCUGUUCAAGCACAUAAUGAAGGAUCUACAGCUGGUGCGCUUCGGCCGGCAGUACUUCAACGAGCACGCCGCCAUACAGAUACCGCAGCACAAGCUGGAAGUGUGGCCGGGCUACGUGACCGCAGUCGACGAGUACGAAGGCGGUCUCAUGCUGACCUUGGACUCGACCCAUCGGGUCUUGCGCACCCAAAGCGUGCUAUCCUUCAUCAAGGAGAUGGUUCAGGCCCAAGGCGCCAAUUGGAAACGGGCUAUGAACGAAACGCUCGUCGGCUGUUCUGUCAUGACGACGUAUAAUAAGAGACUGUUCCGUGUGGACCACAUUGAUGAUACUAUGACACCAAGAUCGACGUUUGAGAAAAAUGAAAAGGGAGAGGUGAUCAAGAUCAGUUAUAUUGACUACUAUAAGAAAAACUACGGGAUCGAAAUCAUGGAUUGGGAUCAACCUAUGUUGAUAUCCAAGGAAUCGAAGCUUAUGUCCGGACAGCCUGCGCCGGUGGACUUCAUGAUAUGCCUGGUGCCUGAGCUGUGCCAGCUGACUGGGCUGACCGACGACCAGCGAGCUAACUUCCGGCUCAUGAAGGACGUCGCUACUUAUACCCGCAUCACGCCUAACCAGCGCCACGCGGCUUUCAAGAAGUACAUUCAAAACGUGAUGGAAAAUGAGACUGCCAAAAACCGCCUGGCCGGGUGGGGUCUCAGUAUAGCGCCAGAGACAAUAAACAUAACUGCGCGAACGCUGCCGCCCGAGCCUAUACACUUCGGGAACAACGUCAAGAUCCCGGGCAAACCCGAGGCGGAGUGGAACAAUGAAGUCACCAGGAACGCGGUUAUGCAAGCUGUCGAUAUACUGAGAUGGGUGGUGUUGCACACCCCUCGGGAUAAGGAUGUUACUACGAAUUUCCUCGACACCCUCAAAAGAUCGUGCCGUCCUAUGGGCAUCGUCGUCGGAAACCCUGAAGUGAUAUGUCUGCCCAGCGACCGCUCUGAUUGCUAUACGGCAGCCCUGAGGAAAUGCUUCUCGACGGCGCUACAACUGGUGGUGGUGAUUUGUCCGACGGCCAGGGACGACCGAUACGCGACUAUUAAGAAGUUGUGCUGCGCUGAGAAGCCUGUGGCUUCACAGGUUAUCAACGCGCGCACGAUAAUGAACCAACAGAAGAUUCGCGCGAUCACGCAAAAGAUACUGCUUCAAAUGAACUGCAAGCUGGGAGGCACAUUGUGGAACAUCACCAUUCCCUUCAAGUCGGCCAUGAUAAUCGGCAUCGACUCGUACCACGAUGCCAGCAGAAAGAAGAAAAGCGUGUGCGCCUUCGUAGCGUCGUACAACCAACCGAUGACGCACUGGUACUCCAAGGCGGUGUUCCAAGACCGCGGGCAAGAGAUCGUGGACCACCUCAAGAUCUGCCUCGUCGAUUCCCUCAAGUACUACUUGCGAACCAACGGGUGCCUGCCUGACAGGAUCAUCAUAUACAGAGACGGUGUAGGCGACGGGCAAUUCAAAGUGAUCAAAGAUUUCGAGAUCCCUCAAAUGCAAGUGUGUUUCUCGCUCAUGGGUGAGACGUACAAGCCCACUCUGACGUAUGUGGUGGUGCAGAAGCGCAUCAACACGAGGAUAUUCAUGAAGAACCACAAAGGGUACGACAAUCCGUACCCAGGCACGGUUGUCGAUCACGCCAUCACUCGCCGCGACUGGUACGACUUCCUGAUCGUGUCGCAGAAAGUGAACCAAGGUACGGUAACGCCGACUCACUACGUCGUUAUUCACGACGACAGCGGAAUGACGCCCGAUCAGUGCCAACGGUUGACGUACAAAAUGUGCCAUUUGUACUACAACUGGCCGGGCACAGUCAGAGUGCCAGCCCCGUGCCAAUACGCCCACAAACUGGCGUCAUUGGUCGGCCAAAAUAUUCACCAGGAGCCGUCAGAGGCACUGGCCGACAGACUAUACUUCUUAUGAGGAGUCUAUACUGUGUAUUUAAGGUUGAUUAUAAGAUUAAAAGCGCCACUGCCUUUGAUAUGCCAGUUUGUCCACGAAAUAGGUUGAUUGUGAGUUAAAUCAUGCCUUUUGAAGGAAUUAUUGCUUGAAUAACCACUAUUUUGGUAAAGUUAACUUUAACUUAAUUCUUUCAUAGUUUCAUAGCCUUAUUUGUCCUGUAGCUACAAUACACAAAAGUAUAAUGACACCAGUUAAAAUUAACUUCAAGCAUUUUAGAAGAACUCAUUCAUUUUAUGUGUGAUUAAAUUUUAAUUCAGUUUUCAAAAUUAGUUUUUAAAUAUAUUGAAUCGAUCAAUUCGCUAUGAGUGACGUAAUAUAACUGUAUUUGUAUACUAUUUUUAUGGUGUAGCAUAGAUUAUAAAGAAUAUGAAUGUUAAUUUUAGGUGUCAUAAUUUCUUUUAGGCUACCGGGAGAUUAUUAUGUUAAUAUUGCCUUUUUAUGCUUGAAAAAUUGAAUUUUGUGGGCACACUGGCAUCUGUGCCAUAAUAGUGUCUUAUAAUAAAAAAAGACAUCAGAUUCGAUUAAAUAUAGAGAACAUAAAGUUUAUAGAGGUGAACUAGUCGGUUGUUAUUUUUGUACUUAUAUUGACUAUGUCAAAUAAUUUACUCUUUUAUUUUUAAGUACCCUAUGUACCUUGUGACAAUUGGAUAAUUAAUAAAUUAGAAUAUGUGACUACAUUUUCGUUAAGUUUGUAUGGUUAGCGUCAGUAAGAUUUAGAUUUGUGAAAAAUAUAAUUUGAGAUUGAAGUUAAAACAGCUAUUUGCUGUUAAUGUCAUGAGCCAUAUCUUAUUCGAAAAUACGUGUAUUUUUACACUUGUAAUUGUUCAGUGUGAGAUAGAAUUAUACUAUCCAAAGAUUUAUAAAAUAGAGCAGACAUUGUUUUUCAAAGGAUAUGAUGGGAUUGAUCACAUCGAAAUAAACUUAUAUGGCAUCUAUGUUGUUUAUUAAGCGCGAUUUUGCUACAAAAUUUGUUCUUAAAAGAAUCAUAAACAUUUUUUUCAUUCCAAGCGCUUGUAACUUUAUUGGACAUUAAAAAUAAAAAUUCUAAAUUGAAAAUUGAUAUUUUGAUACCAUUCCAAAAAACAAAGUAGGCUUUUAAAGCCGGGUAAUUAUAUUAUAAUGCUCUAAUUACUAUAAAAGGAACGUAAUGUGUAGUAAAAAAGUAUACAUAGUUAGAAAAAGUACCUAGUCUGUAUUUUUACAACUUAACGUUUUUUCAUGGCGUAGUUUAUUACGAUGUUAAUAAUUACGUAACAUAACAUUAACGGCGACAGGGUAAAAUGUAAGUCUUCGCCUAUUUUAUUCUGUAAGUUUUAAAAGUUUAUUGACUCGUCAUACGUCAAACCUCUGCCGUAAAGAUGUUUCCAGCUAAUCAUAUCUGGCGUAUUUUCUCAAACUACAGCUAGUAAAGUGUAUCUUGUGCUUACCAAAUUGAGAUUUCCACCCAAGAUCUCUUCUAUCCCAUCGGUCAUUUGUUUCAUGGCUCACUCUUAGAGAAAUUCCGGGUAAAAUCUCAACUCCCCGAGUUAUUAGUUGGUUCAUCAUCAUCAUCAUUUCAGCCACAGGACGUCCACUGCUGAACAUAGGCCUCCCCCAAUGACUUCCACAUAGCACGGUUGAUUACGGAUCUCCUCAUUUCGGAUUUGAUCUCGUAAAGAAACACCGAGCAUAGCCCUUUCCAUAGCACGCUGUUAGUAGUUGGUUGGUAGUUGGUGAACAGUCGUAUCUUGAUUCUUCCAUCAGUAAUAAUGUCGGUAAUCAUCCGCUUCCUGGACCAAGGCUGGAUUUCAACACCCUAGCCCAGUCCUGCGACCUUCACUAUAUACUCGGGAAGACGCCAUUCGAGAACUUUUCUGCUCCAAAUAACCAUCAGUCCUAUGAGCUAUGUACCCCACUGCCACUCAAACGAACGAAUCAUCCACCUUCUCUCAAAUGACUCAAUAUCCGUUCAAAUGUUACAAUAAUAUAAUAACGCAGGUUAGCGUACCAUUCCUACAUUGUCGACGUUCCACCAGCUCGCCCUAAGCGUUUCGAUGGCUCUUUUAUAAUGCGAACAGCUAGGGACUGGAAUUCGCUGCCUGCUGCUGUCUUUCCAGAACACUAUAAUCCGGGCCUUUUCAAGGCGAGAGUGAAUAGGCACUUACAGGGCAGAUAUGUACCAUCCUAGGCUGCAUCUCACUUAACACCAGGUGAGAUUGCGGGCAAAUACCUGCCUUGCCAUGCAUAAAAAAAAUUGUACGCUGAAAUUAAUAUUGGCUUAUAGAUUUUAGUGCUUACACACAAAAUUUGCGAACUAGGUGUUAUAAAACCGGUAAUAAGAAUCUACUUAAUAAUUUUCCAUCAAAUGCGAUGCAGGCCAAGAGCUUCUUCGUUGAGGAUAAAACAAAAAGCUCACUGCAAAUAGCGUUGCUACAAGAAUAUAUUUUCACUUAUUUUAAGUCGAGUUGUAAAACAUACAUAACUACUUUAUGGUGCUCAAAAUAGAGAUUAUUCAGUGUGGUAGGUACUGCAUAAAAUGCAUAAAGAAAAGCGUGUGAAAUUAUACUACUUUUUUGGCUUAUUCCCAAAGGUCCACAGCUAUACUGUUUAGUUCAUACAUUGAUUCCCAAUGGGUCCACGACAUAAAAAAAAUAAAAAAGCAUUUAAAAUUCCAUGGACCCAUUGGUAAAUAAGAAUAAAAGAGUCGUGGACCUUUAAGAAUAACCUCUUUUUUAACAAUCAUGUAUAGUACAACAUAUUAUUGUUGGUGCUAUUGAUGAUACAUAGUUAGUGAAAUAAUUGUAACUUCUUACUUUGACAAAAUAUCAAAUUAUCUUCAUAAAGGUAUCCCGUGCAUAAAUUCCAUUUUUUCGUUACUAUUAUGAUAGGUUAGGCUAGAAUCUCGCUAGUUGUCGCUACUUUGAAUUAAUUUUUAUUAUUUUCUUAUUAUCUUUAAUGUCUAUUUUUUUUUUCUUUGACUACGGGUUUCAUUUAUUAUAACAUAAAUUAUAAGGAUACGAUAAUAGAACUUAAGUUUAACCAUAACAUAACGUUUUGAUCAUACAUUUAUAUUUGAAAAUUGUUGUGUUUGUAAUGUAUGUGACGCACAGUAUUAUUAAUUUUGAGAGUGCUCAAUAUCCUUAGUUCUUUACAAGAGUUCACUGUGGGCCACUGUCAGAAAUAAGAAGUUUUCUGACAGAUACUAAAAUUUCAAUACAACUUUCUUCGUCAUCAUUAUCAUUUCAGCCAUAGGACGUCCAUUGUUGAACAUAGGCCUCCCUUAAUGAUUUUUACAUCGCCCGCUUGGUAAUGGCGUGCAUCCAUCGCUUUUAUGAGAUUAUUGGUCCACCUUGUGGGUGCUCCAGAACCUUGCUGCCCCAUCGGCUGUCAGUUCUGCGUACUAUGUGCCCUGGCCAUUGCCACUUCAGCUUGCUAAUCCAACGGGCUAUGUCAGCGAUUUUAGUUCUGCUGCGGCUUAUUCUUAAGAUGUUAUAAGACUAUUUAACUGCAAAAAUGUAUGUUCUGAUGUGCAGUUAACUGUAGAAAAUGUGUAUCAAGUAUUUUCCGAAUCAAUUACAGUUACUUAAAACUAAUAUUUUUUGAGG